AUGUCGUUAGAAAAGAACACCAACGAAAGUGAUUAUGACCAAAAUUCAUUAGCAGAGAAAUACGUUAAGAUGAAAGGGUUAUCUCAUGAUGAUUUUACUAACAGACGUCUUCUACUUGCAAAUUUUGACGCUGAUAAUAUCAUUCGUCUUAUUAAACGUAGUUUAUCCUAUUUAAAUGUUCCCAUCGAAUGUGCAUUAGAUGUUGGCUGUGGUGCAGGAUAUCAGUGUCGAGUUUUGAUUCAAGAAAAAAUUGCAGAAUACGUCAUUGGUGUUGAUAAAUCAAAACAGAUGAUUGAAUAUGCAAAGGCCAAUUCAAACUGUGACAUUACACACUAUAAGUAUAUCGUUGUGGAUGCUGCUACAGAUGACUUACUAACGAUCUUAGGCAAAAAAUGUCCACUUAUACUGCAAACAUAUAUGUUAUGUCAUGCAGAAGAUGUUAAUCAAUUAUUACACAUCCUUUCCAACAUUGCUCGUGUAUGUAGUGGAGCUUUUGUCGGAUUGAUUCCAAAUCCCUAUUGUGAUUACUCAAGCAACUCUGUGAAAAAGUUAUUAAAAUAUGGUGUAAAAUUUACAAUGAAUGACGAAGACAACUUGAAGAAAGAUGGUAUGAAGUAUCAAGUUACAUUUGAACAGGGUACAUCGAAUGAAAUUAGCCUCGUUGAUCAUUGGUACAGUGCAGAGACAUAUGAAAGAGCGUUUAAACAAGCUGGAUUUAAGUUAUUUGAAUGGAUAUCUGUUCAAUUAGGUGAAAAUAAAGAGGCAGAGUAUUUAAUUGAUUCAGUUGACAGCAACCGUGUUAUUGGAUUUAUAGCUAGAAUGACGUAA